AUGAGACGAACACCGUUAUCGUGGGCGGCACGGUAUGGGCACGAGGGUACAGUGAAGCUGCUUCUUGAAUCAAGAAAAGUCGACGUCAACUCGAAGGAUCGUGACGGAGGCACACCGCUAUGGUGGGCAACGCGAUACGGGCACGAGGGGGUAGUUCAAGCACUGCUUGGGACAGGCAAAGUUCAGGCCGACUCGAAAGACCAGGAUGGCCUAACGCCGCUAUCACAGGCAGUAAAGAACAGACAUAACGUUGUAGCUGAACUGUUGCGUGAUCACAUUUCUAAAGACCGUAGUCGGUCUAUUUUAGGAAGACUUAUCAAGUCCACAAUAGGCUGA